AUGCACGUGCCAUCCCAGCCACAAGUGCAUUGGGCACAAAGCACUCUGAUGCAACAGCAGCAGGAGCCACAGCAGCAGCUCACACCAGCACCCCGCCCAGAAGAACCGCUACAGACACAGUUACAGAUGGAGGCGCAGCCGGUGCAGCAGCCACACGAGCAGCUCAGGUUGGAGCAACUGUCGGCGCAGCUGCAGCCGCUACUGCAGCGACAGACGUCCAGCGCCACAAAAUUUCCCGCAAGCGGAUCUCAAUCGGAGUCAACGAACAAGCGCAAUGCACCUCAAACACGGAGCUAUACGCAACCAGGGAAGUACCGAGGAGUGAGGAAGCGAGGUGAGGGUCGAUUUAUCGCCGAGAUAAAGGACACAACUUUCGGCGUGCGCAAGUGGCUGGGGACGUUUGCCACUGCAGAGGAAGCAGCCCUGGCGUUUGAUCGAGCUGCAGUGGAGAUUCGCGGGACAAAGACGAAGCUGAACUUCCCUGAGGUGAUUCUGGGGGGCGAAGGAGCAGUAAGCGAAGAAAAUGGGGAAGCUGCUUCAGAGAAGGUUAUUGAAACGUCUAGCUUGGGGAUGAGGAUGUUUGCUGAGCAGGACAAGCAGGGAGGCACAAGUUCUUCUCAAAAUGGAAAGGCAAUGGGCUGUGAGCAGGCAGCGGGUGGGGGGCUGUGUGAAGUUGGAGCCUGGCAAAUGGCUUAUGGAGAGGCAAUGGAUAUGGAGGCACAGUCAGAGGGCUGCCAAGCUGAAGUGGCAGCGCAUGCGAUAUCGGGCACGGAUGUUGUUGGGUUUACGGCGCGUGCCGACAGCAGCACUGUCAGUGGAAGCAGCUCGAGUAGAGCUGGCCCUUCCACCUCGUCUGUCUCCGCGCCUGCUUCUAUCCUCUCCAUCCCUCCAGCCAUGUUUCUGCCUGGAGAGCCGUGUUCCAACUUCAAUACAAUCCCUGGCGCUUCUGCACGCAUGGUUGCUGUUGCUGGCGAUGGCGGUGUGGAGGAGGAAUGCGGACAGGAGGAUUUUCUUCUGGAAGAGGUGGGGACUGGAAGUUUAGGUUUUGUGCCUGCAGAAGAGAUAGUGCAAGGGGACAAGAUGGCGGUGGCAGCAGCAGGAGGGGCAGGAGCAGCAGCAGCAGCCGCAGCAGCAGCAGCAGCAGCAGCAGCCACAAUGGCACAGUCAGCCGCAAAUGGUGCUGGAGGCGGAAUCCAUGCACCUUGA